UGUUUGGGUCGCCACGCCGGGGCACGGCGCGCACGCGCACACCGCGCACGCGCACACCGCGCACGCGCACGCACCCGCACGCGCACGCGCACGCCCCGCCUCUGCCUCCGCGCGGCGCCGCGUCCUUCGACCCCGGGCCGCGCGCCGCGGGCGGCUGAAGGCGGCAAUGCGGGACUACGACGAGGUGACCACCUUCCUGGGCGAGUGGGGGCCCUUCCAGCGCCUCAUCUUCUUCCUGCUCAGCGCCAGCAUCAUCCCCAACGGCUUCAACGGAAUGUCAGUCGUGUUCCUGGCCGCCACCCCCGAGCACCGCUGCCGGGUGCCCGACGCCGCGAACCUGAGCCGCGCGUGGCGCAACCACAGUAUCCCGCUGCGGCUGCAGGACGGCCGCGAGGUGCCGCACAGCUGCCGGCGCUACCGGCUCGCGGCGAUCGCCAACUUCUCGGCGCUCGGGCUGGAGCCGGGGCGCGAUGUGGACCUGGAGCAGCUGGAGCAGGAGAGCUGCCUGGAUGGCUGGGAGUUCAGCCAGGACAUCUACCUGUAUACCAUCGUGACCGAGUGGAACCUGGUGUGUGAGGACGACUGGAAGGCCCCACUCACGAUCUCCUUGUUUUUCGUGGGUGUGCUGGUGGGCUCCUUCAUUUCGGGGCAGCUCUCAGACAGGUUUGGCCGGAAGAAUGUGCUCUUCGUGACCAUGGGCAUGCAGACAGGCUUCAGCUUCCUGCAGAUUUUCUCAAAGAACUUUGAGAUGUUUACUGUGCUUUUUGUCCUUGUGGGCAUGGGCCAGAUCUCCAACUAUGUGGCAGCAUUUGUCCUGGGAACAGAAAUUCUUGGCAAAUCGGUUCGUAUUAUAUUCUCUACAUUAGGAGUGUGCAUAUUUUAUGCAUUUGGCUACAUGCUGCUGCCACUAUUUGCCUACUUCAUCAGAGACUGGCGGAUGCUGCUGCUGGCACUGACGCUGCCAGGGGUGCUAUGUGCAGCUCUCUGGUGGUUCAUCCCGGAGUCCCCCCGGUGGCUCAUCUCCCAGGGGCGAUUGAAAGAGGCAGAGGUGAUUAUCCGCAAGGCUGCCAAAAUGAACGGGAUUGUUGCACCCUCAACUAUCUUCGACUCAAGUGAGCUGGAAGACCUGAGUUCUAAGAAGCAGCAGUCCCAUAGCAUCCUGGAUCUGCUUCGAACCCGGAAUAUCCGCAUAGUCACCGUCAUGUCCAUAAUUCUGUGGAUGACCAUAUCAGUAGGCUAUUUCGGGCUCUCCCUUGACACUCCUAACUUACAUGGGGACGUCUAUGUGAACUGCUUCCUUUCGGCAGUGGUUGAAGUCCCUGCGUACGUGCUGGCCUGGCUGCUGCUACAGCACGUGCCCCGGCGCUAUUCCAUGGCCACAGCCCUCUUCCUGGGCGGCAGUGUACUUCUCUUCGUGCAGCUGGUGCCCCCAGAUUUGUAUUACUUGGCCACUGUCCUGGUGAUGGUGGGCAAGUUUGGAGUUACUGCUGCCUUCUCCAUGGUUUACGUGUACACAGCCGAGCUGUACCCUACCGUGGUCAGAAACAUGGGCGUGGGUGUCAGCUCCACAGCAUCCCGCCUGGGCAGCAUUCUGUCUCCCUACUUUGUCUACCUUGGUGCCUAUGACCGCUUCCUGCCCUACAUUCUCAUGGGGAGUCUGACCAUCCUGACAGCCAUUCUGACCUUGUUCCUCCCAGAGAGCUUUGGCAGCCCCCUCCCGGACACCAUUGACCAGAUGCUAAGGGUCAAGGGAAUAAAAUACAGGCAAACUCCAGGCCACACAAGGAUGUUAAAAGACAGUGAAGAAAGCUCCAUAGUCCUUAAAAGCACAGCCUUAUAACACGACCUCCAGGGCAUGAGAAGAUACCCAGCCUCAGAGGCUGUACGGGGCCGUGGCACGCUACCUUCCCUCCAGACCGACAACUUGAGCUGCAUCCUAACUUACGGACCUGGCAGAUGGUGGAUUGGCACUCCCUAAGAAGUGAACGCUUCACCAGAACCAGUGGGACCUCGAAGAAAUAGGAGAGGCACCUACUAAAUUUACCUUUUAAUUUCAGACCUCCUGAAAAGAGUGGAGGCCUAAUCUCCCCUCCUGACCUUCUCCCCAUUUCCCUCUGAUGGUGCACUUAGACAAAAAGAAAGAAUUGCACAAGGAGUUUGAUUUCUCACACUUUCUUGGUCUCAAGGGAUAGUAAUGGGGAUCCUUUUUCUUCAGGCAGGAGGAGAGCACGGAUCUGGGGAAAGCUAUGGGUGGUAAAUAUGAAGGGAAUUGAGCAGAUAGAGACAUAGGCAGGUGCACUGAUUUGUGAGCUCUCAUACCCCUCGGUGCGACUCCUGAGUAGACUUGUUUACAUCUGAUCCAAGCCCUGGGCUUGUCUGGGCGUAUAUGAGAUGCAUCACAGAAUCUACUCUUCUUGUUUUCCACCACUGUGUAAGUCAAAUCUCCUAGCUUCUGUGGUUUCUGACGUAUGGUUCGAAGGAAGUCUAUCAGUGAGAGAGACAAGCAAACUCAUCUCUUCUCUCAAACUAUGAUGUAGAAUUUACUUUUGUGUUUUGUUUGUUGUUUGUUGUGAUGUCUUUUCUUCUUAAGUUAUUUGACCUUCAGAGUAGACUUAGAAAAGGCUGGUUCCUCAGCCUGCUGGUUGGUGUCUUUUGUUUUUGUUUUUGUUUUUUUUUUCAACCCAGAAUUACUCUGGCAAAGGUCUGCAGUUGCCAUUCGUGCAUGGCCUUAUCAGCCUCAGCCACUAGCACUUCUCUGAGUGCCAAAAAUGACGUCAUUGUAUGUGUUCCUUUUGUGAUACCUAAUCAUGGGAAAGAAAUUACAAAGAAGAAAGUCAGAUUGUGUUCACAGUCUUUCAGGGUUCCUCACUUCAGUCGCGUAAUAUUGGGAGAUAUUUUGUGUUCUGUGUAACUGUCUUUUAUGAUUAUGUUACCAUGGUACUCCUAAAGUAUAUGCUUUACCUGGAUAAAAACCAUAUUUUUGUGAAAACUACUGAAGUGCCUUGGGAAAUGAAGACGUUUUAAUAAAUAAAAUGAUUUUUUAAAUAAUA